AUGCAGCCUGUCUGUUCUGCAAAGCCUGAGGCUCAUAGGGACCAGAAUGUGUAUGUAGGUGAGGCUGUUAGGUUGACGUCCAUGUUGCAGCGAACCCUAGUUUCUGCGCGAGUCGUGGCCAAUUCAGCCCAGAUACUCUCGAAGUAUCGCGCAUUCUCAACUCGGGAGUUGAUCGCCAUUACUGACGUGAGGAAAGGUAUGACGAUAAAGAUCGAGGAUAAGUACUGCGAUGUGAAGGAAUGGAACCCUCACAAACAAGGCCGAGGAGCGGCAGCUUACAACAUCACCUACGAUGAGCUGGACACAGGCAAGGAGAAGCUGCACAAAUUUACAUCCUCCUCUAAAGUCGUCAAGAUAGAGCCAGACAGAGAAGAAUGCCAAGUCCUAUAUACGAAAGGCUCAGGGAAGGAGGAGAAAAUUGUGGUGUUGGCAGAUGCUGAGUACAAUGAGGUGGAAGUUCCUCUUGCUCGUUUUCAGGGCCACUCCAGUGUGCCGGAUGGUGCAACAGCUGUGCUCUACAAGGAUGACGGCGAAAUCAUGAAAAUCGUCGUGAAGCAGUAG